UGUCAUUUUGUUGAUUAUGUUAGGUUGAAAGAAAAAUGAAAAUAUUUGUUGAUUAUUUUUAUCACACAAAAGGCUUUAAAUAUUGUCGUUAAAUUCAUAACUUAUUACAAAACAUUUCAUUCAUAUAAUGAAACCAAAAAUAGAGAACAGUGAAAAUAAAGACGAUACAGUGACGGGUGAUGUUAUAGGUGACACGGCGUACAGUGAAAGAUUUGUCCUAAAGUUGCUACUAAAAUUUGCGAACUUGGACACACUGAAAGAUGAAAUACAAGAGAAAUCGUUCGAAGAAGACCUAUGCACGCUUUGGGACAUGACUGCUGAGCGAGACGUUGUGCUAUUUCUACAAAAGCACGAUGUUUUGAACUUGCUUAGUUUCGCUUGGCCGGUUAUCGAAUCGCCUCGAAUUGUUGAAGUUCUGAUAGGAAUAAUUGGAAAUAUGUGUUGUCAAAGAGAAGCGGCGGAGUCGCUUUUGAAAAUGAAUAGUUUUCUUACCAUGCUACUAGAGUACGCGAAAUCUGAGGAUAGCCUUACCAUCAUACAACUCCUACGACUAAUAAACUCCAGUUUAUUCCUGUCCGACGAUAACAUAUCAAUCUGGAUCGAUAUGUUUAUCAAUGUGGGAUAUUCGAAUGCUCUGUACUUCAUACUCAAGAACUCUUCAAAUAAAGAAUUGCUAUUAACAGGAUUGGAAAAUUUUAACACAAUAUGCUCAUACUGUAACACUGGUAGGAACAGAACAAAAUUUUUCGGUCAUUUUGUUGGUUCAGAAGCCAUUGUGUCGUUAGUGGCAGCUUUCACAGAGAUCACAGUCAAACAAAAAGAUUGUUGUGAUAGAGAUCAAUUAGAACGAGUAUUAAUAAUAAGUUUGCAAAUCACUCUGAAUUUAGUUGGUUUUGAUAAAUCGUAUGAAGUACUCAGUGAUAAUAAGCCAGAUGUUGGAAUUAUUAUUGCUAUUGUUUUUUCUUAUUAUGAAAACAAGUUUGUUAAUCAGAAAGAAAUUGAUAUGGAUUUAAUUGAUAUUAUAGAUUCUGCAUAUACAAUAGUAAGGGAGUUACAGAUUGGGGAGUUAUGCGAUUAUGAACAGUAUUGUCUACAGAGCUACAGUAUGUGGAAAACAUUAAGUUCGAUCGCUACAUUUGACCAAAACGGAGGUUCAAGUUUUGAAAAUGAUGAUAAAGAAGAACUCCAGGAAUUUUCAAAGAAAAUGAAAACCUCACUGAGCAUACUUAUAUUCAAUUACCUAGAAAACUGUUCCGAUGACAAUUUACUGAAAGCUCUAGACUUAAUUGACUCAAAUUAUGAAGAUAUGUUAAGUUUAGUUAAUGAUAAAUUGUUGGUGAAAGCAGUGUCAGAUAGGGCUUCAAAUUAUAGGACUAGGUUGAAGGAGACUGAAAACUGUUGAAAUAUCUGUUUUUUAUAUGAUUUAUAUUAUAGCCAAGAUAUAACUUGGCUUUAGGUUUUGUACAGUAUGUAUAUAUAUAGUUGUGUG